AGCAAAGCAUCAUGAGCACAGAGGGUGAAUAAGGUACACAGUUGUUAAGAUAAGAGAUAUGGAGGUUGAAAUGAGAGGUGAAGUUGUAAUGGACAGUACUGUUGCUGGUAUUCUUGCAAGUGUGGUCACCCAACUUCAUGGAGUUCAAGAUAAUAUCAGGUCGUGUCAGGACACCACUAUAGAUAGUGGAGUGGAUACUUCAGAUAAACUGGACAGAGUAGACGAUGACCUUGCUUCUAUCAUAUCUGAAGUGAAAUCUAUACAGCAGGGGAAGAAAGAGCAAAAGUUACUGAACAGUGACAACACAAAUUCAAUAAUGGAGAACAUAACUCUAGCACUAUCCAACUUGGAACUUAAUGUCAACAAGGACCGAGUUUUAUCGAGAGCAGACAGCAGCAGAUCACCUGUGUCACUUAGUGAGGACGACAGUCUAGAGCGGAUGGUGGAUCAACUCUUUAAGAACGUGCGGAGUCUGAAGAGUAUCCUGGUGGAAGAGACAGUAGAGACAGAUCAGGAUAUACCGCUGAGCGACGACAGUGAGCAACUCUCUAAGCUCAUAGAACACCUCUCAAACAGUAUCAGUAACACCAGAUCACAUCAUCUGAGCAGUGAGGCGGGAUCACGUGACUCGGGAGCGCAGAACGAACCGGCUGCUGUCAUGUCUGUAGACUACAGCAGUGAGGAUAUGUGUGGGACAAGUAGUGUAGAGGACUCCAGAUUAGUGGGGUCAUGUGAGACGGAGUCAUGUGAAGAGGGGAUGGUGUCACGUGAUGAGAGAUCACAAUGUGACACGGGAUCACGUGACGACAGUAUGAGGGAUGCAGGUGAAGGCUGGGAGGAUCAGGGUAGAGGGAGGCAAACAUAUGAUUCCCACGAGCACCUGGACACAGACAAGAUAUUUGAAGAGAGCACGGAGUCGUACAACUACUCAGGAACGGAGGAAACACACGACAUGGUCAGUGAGGUAGAGAGUGAGAGUGAUAGUGAGGGUUCUGUAUCCACUUCUUUGGAGUAUGGGUAUAUUCCGGUAAACUAUACUAUAGUCGGUAAUAUCAGUCAGUGUAAAACACCAACACCAACUCCCUCACCUAGCAGUGGUGAACAAAUUAUAUCCGUUCCUCAUAUCUCAUACAGCGGUACUACCAGUGGAGAUUUCAUAGAUGAACCAAGGCGAAAUUACAGAGUUCAGCAUCUGGAAUCAGAUGACAACAGUUUAGUAUCAUGCGAUCUGUCGUUUUGCGGAGAGUACGGUCUGGACGAUAAUGGUUAUCUAACUGUAGAUCAAGAACAAGUAUACAGAAACCUAGCUCUGCUUCCACAACUUCCAGUCCCUCUAAAACGCUCCAAAAAGGAUGUGAUAGAUAUCUACAACAAGAUAAACCAGGAUAUGAAUUCCCUGACGAGAAUGGUGGAACCUGAGUCCUCUUACUCUGAUUCCUCUCACCAGCCCCCUCUUGACUCCACUUCCUCUCACCACCCGGACAGACACAACAUGUACAAUGUAUCAAGGAUGCUGUCUGAUAAUUCACAACCACCAGCCAGUAACUCAGCGGACCGGCUACUGAGUGGUAUCAAGCAUGAGGCGGGAGAAACAAGGAGGUUACUGGAUAUUGACACUUCAGAUGAUACAUCCAGGUUAUCGAGUAGAUAUAUAAAAAGUGGACGACUUCUUAGUGGUAUAAAGAAAGAAGCUGUGGAGACGCACAAGGUUCUGGAUAUCUGUGACUCUGAGGAGAAAGUUUCAGGUAAACUGCCAAGUUCAACAAGUAAUAUAAUCUCUGAAGCAUUAGAAGAAGACGACAAGACAGGAGAGGAAGUUGACCUGGAGUUUAUAGAGCUGAUGAGGUCAGUGAACCGAGCAAACAAGCGGAUAGAGCGACUUAGGAACGAUCCUACCGUCCAAGUGAGCCCUGGAGAAGUACCCCAGGAUGAAGCUGAGUGGGACGACUUUACUCCGAUACUGGAAACUCCUCCUAGAAGUAGGAACACCAAUAAGAAGGUAAGUGAGUCUGUAUCUGAGACAGAUUCUGAACUCACUUACCACACUUCACGGUCUAGUUUUACAGAGGAACACCUGAGUCCACAACUCAGUUUACCACAGAGCUCCCCACCCAGUUCACCAGGUGCUGACAGAGAGGUGAGGAUGGUUACCCGGGAUUACCCCGACUCCGAUACCAGUCUUCACAUCAGUGAUCCUGAACACUGGCCUAUAGCACAUGCAGGAUUGGAGGUUAUCACUAAGGACCACCUUUGUGCACCCAGCUUCACUGAUGCUGUGGUGAGUGUGCCGCUGCUGUUAGAGGGACCUCGUGAGGAUUUACAGGAAACUAAAAGUAAACGUAAGCUUGAUAUGUCGGGAAAUCUGGAAAGUAAACCCUCAGUUGAAGAACUCAUUAUUAAUGUCGAGUCGGUGAAGGCAAGCGACGUCCCUUUAAAUGAUUCACUUAAGACCACCAAAGAAACCUCAAGCAAACAAAGCUCAUCCAAAACCUCUUCAAGGACUUCAAUAAAAUCUUCCAUGGUGAACAAAUCCUUGAAAACGAAAGAGUUUUCAAAGCAGACAUCAGCCAUUGAAAAACCAAUCAAUGUCAAUGAUCCAUUCGACGACCAUCCUAAACACACAACAGAAGAGAUCCCAGACUUCUUGAGACUGUUCGUACGGCCAGGUGACAGAAUGGAGGACUACGUACCAAAUACUGCGCUCCUUAACGCUCUUCUGGCUAACUCUGGACUCACAAUCAUACCCAUCACACAGAAAGUGGACGCUAGUAUCAAUACCAAGUAUGCGGAGGACACAUCGGAUAGAACUUCCAACAUGUCUGACGAUAAAAGUUUUCCUUCUUUGGAUGAAGACAGAAAGAUAAUUCCAAAAGAAUCUUCAAAAUCUGGACCGGUAACGUGGGUGACAGGUUCCCGACCUCCCAAACUAGAGAAUCUUACUAAACCAUCCAGUUUAAAGUCUGCAAGUACAGGUAGUCCUGUUACAAAGUCUCAUUCUAGAAGCCUGAUAGAAGCUAUGGGAGGUCAGUCAGACAAGUCACUUUCAAAACAUUCCUCAAAGAGUAGGAAACCUAAGAUUCUUCUCAACAAAAAGGCGGAACCCGAACAGAUGUACAAUGUUCCAAAAUCACAACCCUCUCAGGUACUAACAUUCGACACGUGGACUUGCACUGAUCCAGAGCCCAAGACAGCGGAGAAAGGAGUGGAGACUACCUCAGUUCAGACAGAAGACAGGGCACUGUCUCCCAUUAUUACAAUGGAGUUUCCUAAAAUGAAGAAGUUGAAGAAGACAAAGAAGAGCAAGGCUCCUGCACUUAAAGCCACUCCAGCUCCGGCUUCUCCUCCCAUUAUUGCUGUUACUGAAACCCCCAUGCUUACUGUACCUGCCAGAACUACCUCUAAGCCAAAUCAAGAAGAUGACCCGGCCUCCUGGAAGUAUGAUGGAAAUGAGGUACCGGAACUGUCAGACUAUCAUGACAAAGCUCUGCCAUCUGACGAGAAAUCUGACAAAUCCCAAAAUACGACGAUCUCUGAGAAGCUUCCAUCUGAGAGGCUUCCUUCUAUCAAGGAAGAAGAUUUGGACGAUACAAUCUCGUCUGGGGACGAUGGGAUCUCCUCAGAUGACGAGACAAGUGGAGUGGUUAUCCAAGUUAAAGGCAAGAACUGCGACAAAAAAGACAAACUGAAAGAAGACCUUAACAAAGCUCUGCUGGACGCCCUUCAGGGCAAAACUAAGAUAAACCCGGCUACACUGCGAGGGUUAAAAGCACAGAUAAUCAGACAGUCAACUGAGUUAGAGGGAGCUAGAAACAGGUUAGCUGAUGCUGGGAGUAGAGUUAGGAGCAUGGCUCAAAUGUUUAACAUGGAGAGACCUAGUGCCACUCCUUUAGAUGAGUUAAUGUAAUCGCACUGAAUCUCAUUUUAUUAGAGUACUUGAUGGAAUUGAUAUUUUGUUUUCGUUAAUAAUUCAGCUGAAAAUGUAUGUAAACUUUUGAUGGGUAGUUUUGAAAACUUACGUUUUU